UGCUUUAUUCUAUAUGUUUUAAGCGUCUAUUAUGUAGAAUACUUAGUAUAUGGAAGUAUUUAGUAUGCAAUCUCAUUGGAUGCUCUUUUGGCGUAAGUGACGAGUUCUCCAUUAUGCAUACAGACCUGUCAGGAUACGACGUGUUUUUCCACCAGUGCAGCAUCUCUGAGUGCAGGACAAAAGUUAUUGACUAAAAACUACCUCCAAUGUAUAAUGUUUAUAUGGUGAAACCCUGCACAAAUAAAAGGUGGAAAAGAUAUGAUGACUUCUACUCUGAUCGGAGUACUGAAGUGGAUGAACCGACUCCUUGGGCGUCUGCAGACCUUGGGGACAGUGAGAGAAAGCAGAAGUUUUUGCGGUUGAUGGGGGCAGGAAAGAAAGAACACACGGGACGCCUAGUCAUUGGAGAUCACAAGUCAACAUCUCAUGUCCGUAGUGGUGCGGAGGACCAGAGGAUGAACUCUGAGCUGGAGCUGCAGUACCAGCAGGGGCUGGACGGGAAGCUUUCGGGGAGGAACCGGAGACACGUCGGCCUGGGCUUCAGUGAGCCUGAGCCAGCGCCACCUCCAUUACCUGUAGAGAGGCAAAGCAAAGAAGAGCCAGAACAACCGUCCAGUCCCAAAGUCUCAGACAGCCCCUCAGAUCCCAAGGAGUCAACAGAAAAAUGCCACUCGUUGAGCCCAGAUGACAGGAGGAAAGAGCAGCCGGAGGCCAGCACAAAAGACAAGAAACACACCUUCAAAAUGGCCUUUGUGAAGUCGUCCUAAUACUAGCCUUUUCUAAUGUUGAACCACAGAUUUGUACAUAUGUCAUUAUUCUGGGUCUAGGAAGUACUCCCUAGGUCAGGGCUGCCCAACCCUGUUCCUGGAGAUCUACUGUCCUGUAGGUUCUCUUCAACCCCAUUUGUGACUAACCUGAUUUAGCUUUUCAUCCAUCUAAUUAUAAGAAUCAGGUGUGCUAAAUUAGAGUUUGAGAGAGAACCUACAGGACAGUAGUUCUCCAGGAACAGGGUUGGGCAGCCCUGCGCCUAGGUAAUUCAGGGCAACUACUGUAUGGAUAUGCAGUGAAGAGGUGGUGUCACUGAAGGAAGUACAAUCAUUGAUUUAAGACAGAUUCUCCCCAUUCUUUUCUUAUUGCCAUUUUUAGUUAGGAAUUGGUAGAACUGGUAGAGGGACUGUACCCACAUGUUUUGUUGGUUCCUUAGACAAAAACUUUAAUGAAAUUUGCAUUGACUGAAAGAGUUUGUUUACAUACAAUCGGUCUGUUAGGUCUUUUACGGUCCUGUUCCAAUGUAUCACCAUGAAUAAUAAAAAUGUACUUGAACUACAAACUAGAUAUCAGCGAAUGGAACUAUCACAGUUCUCUUGGGUGGGAGUUAAUUAAUUAGUGAUGGGGAUGUUUAUAAAAACAAAAUAAACAUGCUUCUGAUUAA